AUGAAGCGAGGUGCUCUCGAUUCUUUCUUCAAACGUCCUGAGCCCAAGAAACCCAAAUAUGAAGCAACUUCGCAAAAGUCUAGCCAUGCAUCCUACCCCUUGGCCAUUCCGUACCUGCCCACUUCAUUCGUGGAGCAGUUGGGGUUCGCUCCUGCCGAGGAGGGGAAGAUCAUGAAUGAUCAGCUGGAUCUGGACCUCGUGUACUAUCAGCCUUAUGUCCCUUCGGGCAUCGCACUGGGACUUUUUGAGUUUUUUCGACAGGAACUCCCGUUCUACCGUGUCCAGUACAAAAUCACCCGCGGAGGAGUGCAAACUCAGAUCAAUACUCCACGAUUCACUACCGUCUUCGGUGUUGAUGAUACGUCCCGCUUUGCCCUCGACGGUAGUAUCGUAGAUGCAAAGACGGGGAUGCCAGUUGAGAAGAACCGAUACAAGUGCGCGCCUCGUCCGAUUCCACAGUGUUUGGAGGAACUGAGAAAGGUGACGGAGGGCACCACUGACGAGACGUUCAACUUCUGCCUUGUCAAUUACUACGCGGAUGGGAAAGACAGUAUAUCGUACCACUCGGAUGAUGAGAGAUUUCUCGGCCCCAACCCAGCAAUCGCAUCUUUCAGUCUUGGCGCAAAGCGCGACUUUCUGAUGAAGCACAAGCCUAUCCCUCCCAAAGAGGGUGUUGUGGUAGAAGAGCCAAAGGGAAUCAAGCUGCCAUUGGGAUCCGGAGAUAUGGUAUUAAUGCGUGGCAAAACGCAAGCGAAUUGGCUUCACAGUAUACCGAAGCGCGCAGGCCCCGAGGCGGGCAAGGGGAGGAUCAACAUUACCUUCAGGAAGGCGAUGAUCAAAGGUGGUACGGAAAACUACUACCAGUACAAUGUCGGCACUGGGGGAGUGCACAAGUGGGACGCGAAGCUUGAGAAGAUGGUGCCCUGGUCGACGGCGACGGAAACCAUAGAGGCUGAAAGUGCUCCUGUUGAUGGCGCUGGAGCAAGUAAUAGAGUUUAA